AUGGAGUUUAUCUAUGAAAUCUAUUUCGUAUUAUUAUCAUUUAUUCGAUUGCUCUUAAUCAAAAUUUUGCCGAUAUGGGAUUGGACAACGAUUUACACAAGUGCAUGUUUUGUGAACAAUCCGUUUUUUAAUAACUCUCUGGAAUUAUCUGAAUGUGAUAAAUGCAUCAACACUACUGGAGUUUUGCGCGAGUCAAAUGUGACAUUUUUUAAUUUCACGAAAACUGUCUAUCUAAAUCAUCGACCUGUUAUUGUCGACGAUGCCACACAAUCGUGGACAGCGACGAGAAAGUUAAAUCUCAAGAAACUAUUCAAACUCUACAUCGAAGAUCCGAUCCUUUCGGAACAUGAUCUUUGCCGUUUCGAAGCAAAUAUCCGUCUGUACAAUCAACCUGGUGGUGCUGAUAAACUUUUCAACGAUUAUCUGUCAAACACUCGCCGUCCAUUUAUGGCUCAGUGGAAUAAUUGCAAACGUGAAACAUUGAAAGUUCUUCGGUCAUAUUAUUCAAAACCAUAUUUUCUGCCUGCGUCUGUUGGCCAAACGCUCAUGGGGAACUGGUUUUUUGUCUCAUUCGGUUUACAUAAAGAAUCAGAGCGACUACAAAAGAUUCCUCUAGGGGAAAGUUGGGUCUGGAUAGCACAGAUACAAGGCGCGGGUCUAAUUGAACUUCGACCGAAAUAUCCGUGCGAGAGUCUAUGCAGAACUAUCGACGCGAUCGAAUUAAAUCACGGAGAUCUAAUUAUUUAUUCACAUUUAUACGAUGCAUUUUACAAGCCAUUAGAGAAAGAAACAGUUCUCUUGGCACAAGGUAUCGAUUAA